AUGGAGCAACCCGUGGAAAAGCCCCGGGGCGAUCACGUCCUUCACACUCCCCUCUGGAUCAUGAUCAUCCGCGGCUUCCAAUUCCUCAUCUCCCUCAUCAUCGUCGGUCUCUGCGGUCGCAUGAUUCACGACGCCUACCUCGACGAAGAAGGUUUCUCCCUCGCCGUUUCUAUCCUUACUUGGCUUGCAGUCGCCUACGUCGUCUUCACCGAAAAGAUUCCCAGCCUUCGCGGCGCAUACCACAUCCUCGCUGUCCUCAUCGUCGAUGGGCUUCUCAUCAUUCUUUGGCUUGCUGCUUGGGCUGCUACUGCUUCGCGUCGGUCCAAGUAUGUCGUGCCCGUCACUGUGGGCGACUGCUACGAUGAUGGAAGUGUCGUCAACAGCAAGAGCUGCGAUGUCAUCUUUAAGCGUGCUGUUCACACUAAGCGCGAUGUCAUCCUUACAAAGAUUGGUCUUGCCAUGUUGUCUUCUAUCGCUGGACUAGGCGCUCUCGUUUGGGUCCUCUUCAUCGCCACCUUUGUCUGGACUCUUCUCAUGUUCCUUCGCGGUCGUAAGGAAGGUCGCUUCGCCGUGGGCGGCUCCGGCACCGGAACCCCUACCGACAACUACCAGAUGGAAACCAAGAUUUCCGAGGCCCAGCCCAUGAACGCUCCUCCUCAGCAGUUCCAGGGCCAGCCUCAGCCUCAACAGUUUCAGCAGCCUGUUCCCAACGGCCAGUUUGCUCCCCAGCAGCAGCAGCCGCAGUUCUCUCCCCAGCCUACUCCCGCUCCGGCCUACCAGCAGGCCCCCUUCCAACAGCCCCAGAGCCCCUACCAGCAGCAGGGUGCUUAUCCUCCUCCUCAGGCUCCGUACUCUCCCCAGGAUCAGCAGCAACAACAGCAGUUCCAGGGCCAGCCUACAUACGGACAGUUCCCCCAACAGCAGCCCCAGCAGCAGGCUCCCUACCAACAGCCCGCCCCUCCUCAGACCUAUGGAAGUGAGCUCGACGGCCAGAACCAGUACACUGCUCCUCCUCCUGCCGUAUCGCCACCUCCUCAGCAGUAUCAGCAACAGUCUUAUGCUCCACAGUGA